AUGGCUUCAGUAACAGAUGCCAGAUACAGGCAGAAAGAUACUUCAGAUCAAAAUUUUGAUUACAUGUUCAAACUCCUGAUCAUUGGCAACAGCAGCGUGGGCAAAACAUCCUUCCUCUUCAGAUACGCUGAUGACACUUUCACACCAGCCUUCGUUAGCACAGUAGGAAUUGACUUCAAAGUAAAAACAGUUUAUAGGAAUGACAAGCGGGUGAAACUGCAGAUUUGGGAUACAGCUGGACAAGAAAGAUACAGGACCAUCACUACAGCCUACUACCGAGGAGCCAUGGGCUUCAUCCUCAUGUAUGAUAUCACCAGUGAAGACUCCUUCAAUGCAGUACAGGAUUGGUAUGAAAUAUUGUUGG